CAGACCCACCCAGUUCUCCCUUGGCUGCGAUCCUGGUCGCAGCUUCUAUCCAUAUCCCGAUUCAUACAACAGUGCCCGGAACUUCCCAAGCUUCCAGAAUAUACCUGCGCUACAAGUGCCAGUGUUGUGAUCUUUUUACGGUGCCACAGCACUUGCGUCUACCAUGUCAAUCAGCGGACCGUGUGUCUGGUUGUCCUCGUUGUCGCCACCCUCUACUUCACAUUUACCCGCCCUAACCAACCAUUGGUCGACAGCUUCCUGGAACAGUGAGCAAGCCUCGUCAAGGUCAAGGGCCCUUUCAUCUAGGCUGCCCGGAUCGUGGGAGAAAGAAGGCGAGUCAGCAAAGACGCCCGCCGCCGAUAUGCAGCCGCCUGUGCUGAAGGCUGAGAAUGCCUUCACAGCCGUGGCUUUGGCUGGGACGUCGAGUCCAGCACAGCGCUCUGCGGCGCCUACGCCUUUCCACCCUCCCGAGAACCGACACACGCAGGCAGAGGGUGACCUAUCACGCGUGAAGUUGGAAAAGUUCAAUCAAAGUGAUAUCCACCUUCCGAGACCUCAAGCAACAGCCAGUCCUCAAACCACAAAAGAGAUGACUCCCGAGCCCAAGGAAGGAGAGGUCAUGGACCAGCAAGAAAAGGAGAAAGAUAUUGGUGAUGCAGAGAUGGCCUCAUCUGAUGAUGGAGCUGGAUCGUCUGUAGGUGGUGACAGGAAACAGUCCUCCGAUUCCAAGAGUGAAAAGAAGAAGAUGAAGCGCUUUCGACUGACUCAUAAUCAAACUCGAUUUCUGAUGAGUGAGUUCACUCGUCAGGCUCACCCAGACGCCGCCCAUCGAGAGCGACUAUCGAAAGAAAUUCCCGGUUUGACGCCGCGGCAAGUGCAAGUUUGGUUCCAAAACAGACGAGCCAAACUCAAGCGGCUUACCAGCAACGACCGAGAGCGUAUUCUGAAAUCCAGAGCGUUACCCGAUGACUUCGAUACCACUCAGGUCCUACGCACUCCUUUCGACCAUAAAACGCCGGCAGAGGCACCAAUGCUACUCACCGAUGGCCUACCUCGACUGAACGACGAUGACUACGUUAUAUCACCACUAAGCUCGGCUUCGACGACAAAUGGCUUCUCAGCGGCCGCAGACAGGCAUUUCGAAAGCUAUGCCCAUCCUGGUGCCAUCCCGGGUAGGGGAGGACCGGCUCUGUCAGAGCUACACAGAAACAACCGCAGUGCUUUCCCGUUUCCAAGGUCCAGCAGCUUCUCCGAAUCCUCUUACAAUAGUGGACUCCAUUUCCCGGGACGAUUCACAAGACCUGGAGUGGAGCCAUUAGGCCAUCCCAGCAUGACGUAUGCUCGCCGUCCGGUUGACUACGCAUUGGGUCGACCACCCAACGGUAUGGUCGUUGGAUACGAUCACCAGCGUGCUUUGGAAGGCUCUGUAUCACCAACGGGUCCAUCGGACCAGUCCAUUCAAUACAAUGUAGACAGUCACAACCAGCAAAUACCUAACUACCAUUCUUCGCUAGCAAUGCCAGCUCCCAAGGGAUAUGGUGGCAUGGAAAUCAACUCUCACAUACAGCAACAUGGCCGGCAGAUCCCUGCCCUGCAAUCCGUACCGGUUUCGGAUGCCCCAGACUAUCGUCACUACUCAUAUGACCACCCGUAUAGCAUGAACCACGCCAUGCCGUACUCUCAACCCAAUGCCUCCAGCAUGAGCCUUCCCGCCUCUUUUCCUUCCGAUACCAACAGCGUUUCUCAGGGGUCUGUCGUCACAUCUGCCGAGGAUCGGAUGAAUCACCCUCCCCAAUUACUAGACCCACUCCGGGCGAAGUACGGCAGUCAGACAUUUGAAUAUGCGAAUUACCUAUAAUAUGGAGGUUGCUCUGGAAUAUGGAAGCCUUCUU